AUGUUCUUUUUCUCUUUUCUUUCUUUCUUUAUUUUUCUCUUUUUCUUUAUUUCUAUCUUUCUUUCAGUGCCUACCAAUCACCUUUUUUGUCUUUUCUUUCUUUCUUUCUUUCUUUCUUUCUUUCUUUAUUUAUUUAUUUAUUUGCCUGUCUUAUUUUUGUGGAUUUUUUGUACCCUACCAUUCUUUCUUUCUUUCUUUCUUUCUUUCUUUCUUUCUUUGUCAAUUUUCCUUUUCAUUUUAUUUUCCGUUCUUUCUUUCUUUCUUUUCCUUUCUUUUCACCUUUGUUUUUCUUAUUGUUUUUUUUCGUGUUUUUUCUUCUGUUUCUUCUUUUUCUUUCCUUUUGUCCCCCCCCCUUCCUCUUCUUCACCUUCAGGUUCAUUAUUCUUCAUUUGUAUCUAUUUUGAGUCUUUUUUAUUGUUUGCAACAUAUGAUAUCUAUCUAUCUAUCUAUCUAUCUAUCUAUCUAUCUAUCUCAGUCUAUUCAGCUAUCUAUCUAUCUAUCUAUCUAUCUAUCUAUCUAUCUAUCUAUCCUUCUCAGUCUAUUCAGCUAUCUAUCUCACCCUGUUCAUAUCUAUCUAUCUAUCUAUCUAUCUAUCUAUCUAUCUAUCUAUCUAUACAAUUCUGUUUCUAUCUAUCUAUCUAUCUAUCUAUCUAUCUAUCUAUCUAUCUAUCUCAGUUUGUUCCUCUAUCUCAUUCUGUUCAUCUAUCUCACUCUGUUCAUCUAUCUAUCUAUCUAUCUAUCUAUCUAUCUAUCUAUCUAUCUAUCUAUCUCAGUUUGUUCCUCUAUCUCAGUCUGUUCAUCUAUCUAUCUAUCUAUCUAUCUAUCUAUCUCUGUCUCUUUAUACCUAUCUAUCUAUAUUUUUAA